CAUUCCAUUCCCAUGGCUCUUUUCCGAAGGUUCUUUUACCGGAAACCACCCGAUCACCUCCUCGAGAUCUCCGACAGACUCUAUGGUCUCUCUCUCUCUCUCUCUCUCUCUCUCUCUCACACACACACAUUCACUUCCUUUUUUCUUACUUUACCUACUGACUUACACCUUUUUCUUUAAUUAUGUCUACUUUACAUUUGUAAUUAUUGUUCUUGUGAAUUGAAGCAUAGCUCUUGUGACUGAUGGCUGAGUUUUGACCUCGGUUCCUGAAUCUUUUUUCAAGUGGGUUUAUGGUAAUGCAGUGACAAUAUGGACCAUGUUUCUGUUUCUGGGUUUUCUGUGCCAUUGGGUUUGGUCUAUUCCUGUUGGUCAUGUUUUUCAGGUUUGGGAGGGUGUGUGGGAUAAGGGUUAUUCAAGAUGUAACAAAAAUGUGGAACGAGAGGGUUGGAUUUGGAGUGACUGGAAUUCAAAUAGUAGUCUCUGUAGUGAUUCGUCAGUAGAGGAUUUUUUACUAGAAACCCGAGAAAGGAGUGUUGAUUUUGUCUGGAAGAUGUGUUUUGAGUGAGACUUUUGUACUCGUCCUCAAGUUUUUGAUUGUUGCUUCUCCAAGAAUGUGUUGGAGGAAGAGGAGUACAAGGUUUAUGUCGGGGGGGUUGUGGCUCAGCUACAGGAUCACUAUCCGGAUGCUUCUUUCAUGGUGUUCAAUUUCAGAGAAGGGGAUAGGCGCAGUCGAAUUUCAGACAUAAUGUCUCAGUACGAGAUGACAGUUAUGGAGUAUCCUCGGCAAUAUGAGGGUUGCCCCCUUUUGCCUUUGGAGAUGAUUCACCACUUCCUUCGAUCAAGUGAGAGCUGGUUGUCCUUGGAGAGCCAACAAAACGUGCUUUUGAUGCACUGUGAAAGGGGUGGUUGGCCUGUGCUUGCGUUUAUGCUAGCUGGUCUUAUGUUGUACAGGAAACAGUACAAUGGGGAACACAAAACUCUUGAAAUGGUGUACAAGCAAGCACCCAAAGAACUUCUCCACCUUCUAUCCCCUUUGAAUCCACAACCUUCUCAUUUGAGAUAUCUUCAGUACAUUUCCAGGAGGCAUUUGGGUUCUCGGUGGCCUCCAUCAGAAACACCCUUAUAUUUGGAUUGCAUUAUUCUCAGAGUCCUUCCUCUGUUUGACGGAGGAAAAGGAUGCAGACCGGUUGUGCGUGUCUAUGGUCCAGACCCUUCAAAACCUUCCAACCGAAGUUCUAAGCUUCUUUCCUCAACUUCAAUGGGCCAAAAUCAUGUUCGCCACUACUUGCAGGCAGAAUGUAUGCUCGUGAAAAUUGACAUCCGUUGUCAUGUUCAAGGGGAUGUGGUUCUUGAGUGCAUACAUUUAAGUGAUGAUUUUGUUCGUGAGGAGGUGAUGUUCAGAGUCAUGUUUCAUACUGCGUUUGUACGGUCAAAUAUAUUGCUGCUGAGCCGCGAUGAAAUUGAUAUUCAGUGGGAUGCAAAGGAUCAGUUCCCCAAGGACUUCAAAUUUGAGGUGCUUUUUUUGGACGCUGAUGCUGUUAUGCCUAAUCUAAACACAGUAGAUGCGAGUGACACAGAAUGUGCUUCACCUGAGGCUGAGGAAUUCUAUGAAGCAGAAGAGAUCUUCAGCAAUGUAAUUGAUGUACUGGAAGGUAAGGGAGAUUACGAUUUUCUAAUGGUUCAUGACAGUGAAGUGGAUGAUGGAAGUCAUAAAGAGAUCUGGAAAGAGUAUUCAGAUCCUCAUACUUUUCUGGAUUCCAUGUUAGAUGAUGGGAUUCACCAACAGGUUGAUGAUGCGAGGUACAAGCUUGACAAGAGGGUGGUUUUAGAUACUCAUGUUGUCAAAGAUAUUGGAGUGGAUUAUGGAGUAACUUUUAUGACAAAGGAAGUCACUCUGAAUGCUCUUGAUAAAUUGGCAGUUAAGCAAAACAAAUAUGGCGAUUCAGAACCAGGGCUGCAGCUGCUUGAUAUUUCCAUACCAAAAUCUGAUAAGUUACUUAUUUCUUCUGAAAAUAAACAACUUCCUUCGAACUCAAACUCUAUGCAAGAACCACAUGGUUUUCAGGCAAAUUAUGCAAAACCCAAUGUAACAACUAGGUCGGUUCCUUCUAGUAAGGGUUCUCUUCAAGAUUCCAUUAACUUCUCAUAUCCACCAUCAAGGAACAAUAGUUCACCACUAACAUUGUCAUAUGUUACCUCUGAAAACAAGGAAAUCAUUGAUGCAAAAGGAAACUCUACUUCUUGUUCUCAUGUCUCUGAAGUAAUUGCUUUUAUGGACACGAUAAACGACCUGAAAAACUGUGAUGGUGAUAACUCAAAAUCUUCGGACGCUGUUCCUGAAAUAGGCUCAAAGUCUCCAGUAUUAUCAUUACUGUCAGUCAAAGAGACAUCUCUUCAGUUAGCUAAUCAAGCACCACAACAGAGCUAUGAUCAAAUGUUACAACUUCAUCCACCUCCACCUCCACCUCCACCUCCAAUUUUUGGACAAAAUAAUGGGGCUUUACCUCCUUCUCCUCCCAUUGCAAAUGGUGUAAUUCCAUCAAAAAUUUCACUAGCACCACCACCACCACCUCCUCCUCCCCCUCCUUUGCAGUCUACAAAUGAACCUUCGCUUCCUUCUACCUCAAUCUCUCCAAAAACGUUUAAAGCUCCACCUCCUGCACCCCGACCACCACAUUAUCCUUCACCUCCAUUAAGUAAAUCUACACCACUUCCUCCGCCUCCUUUAGGUACUGCUCCACCAGCACCACCACCUCCUCCUCCUUUAAGUUCUGCUCCACCACCGCCACCUCCUCCUCCUUCUUUAUCCAGAGGUUCACCUCCCCCACCACCUCUUCCUCCAUCAAGUGGAGCACCACCUCCACCGUCAUCUUCUUCACUGUCCAGAGCUCCACCUCCUCCACCUCCACCAAAUCGUGGACCACCACCAACAACAAUGCCUGGAGGCACAGCUCCUCCACCACCUUCAGGUGGUCGAGGCCAACCUCCUACUGGAACACGAGCUACUCUUGCUCAUUCUCAUGUACCUCUUGGUGGUGCCCCUUUUCCUUCACCAAUUGGAACUGAUACAAGAGGGAAAGGUCGGGGACUUGGACGUCCUACUGGGGCUGGUGCCAUGGGAACUCGGAAAUCCUCCUUAAAGCCUCUGCAUUGGAGUAAGGUAACAAGGGCAUUGCAAGGAAGUUUAUGGGAUGAACUACAAAGACGUGGAGAGCUUCAAAUAACACAAGAGUUUGACGUUUCAGAGAUAGAGAAGCUUUUUUCUGCAAAUGUUCCAAAACCUGCUGAUUCAGAUGGUAAAUCUGGCGGGCGGCGCAAAUCUGUUGGAUCUAAAGCUGACAAAAUCCACUUGAUUGACCUAAGGAGGGCCAAUAAUACUGAAAUUAUGCUCACAAAGGUUAAGAUGCCUCUUCCUGAUAUGAUGGCUGCAGUACUGGCUAUGGAUGAUUCAGUGUUAGAUGUUGAUCAGGUGGAAAAUCUCAUUAAAUUUUGUCCAACCAAAGAGGAGAUAGAGCUUUUAAAGGGAUACACCGGUGAUAAGGAGAAUUUGGGGAAGUGUGAAAAGUAUUUUUUAGAGCUGAUGAAAGUGCCAAGAGUGGAGUCAAAACUUAGAGUAUUCUCUUUCAAAAUUCAGUUUGGGACUCAGAUUACAGAGUUUAAGAAGAGUUUACACACAGUCAACUCUGCUUGUGAAGAGGUCCGAAACUCAUUCAAACUGAAGGAGAUCAUGAAGAAAAUUCUUUAUUUGGGUAAUACAUUGAAUCAAGGAACAGCAAGGGGAUCUGCUGUUGGAUUCAAGUUAGAUAGUCUCUUAAAACUAACCGACACUCGUGCUUCAAAUAGUAAAAUGACACUUAUGCAUUUUCUUUGCAAGGUCCUAGCUGAAAGGUUUCCUGGACUCCUUGAUUUUCACCUUGACCUUAUUAGCUUGGAAGCAGCCACUAAGAUACAAUUGAAGUCAUUAGCAGAAGAAAUGCAAGCAAUCAUCAGGGGAUUAGAAAAGGUUAAUCAGGAGCUGGCUGCAUCUGAAAACGAUGGCCCAGUGACUGAAGUUUUUCGUAAGACAUCGAAGGAAUUCAUUGCUGUUGCAGGGUCAGAGGUGGCAUCUGUAACAAACCUAUAUUCUGUGGUGGGAAGAAAUGCAGAUGCACUUGCCCUAUAUUUUGGUGAGGACCCUGCCCGUUGUCCUUUUGAGCAAGUUACUGCAACUCUCUUGAAUUUCACAAGGUUGUUUCUGAAGGCACAUGAAGAGAAUUGCAAACAAACAGUGUUAGAGAAAAAGAAAGCUGAUAAAGAGGCUGAAAUGGAGAAGGCUAAAGGCAUUAACUUCAUAAGGAAGAGUGGAAAAGAUGAAGAAGAAAGUUGAGAAGGUGGCUGAAGUGUAGAAGACUAAGGGAUGCACUUGAGGAGAAAGAGAGCAAAGAUAGUUGAAGACUUGUCUGCUCAUUUGCACCAAAGUCAUUCUCAAGCCAAAGAGCAGAGAUCUACCAGUGGGUAGUUAGGGGACUGCUUCCGAUUUUGAGUUAAGUAGCCCACUUGGGAGAUCUUGGUGUGACAAUUAGCCUUUCAAGGUGAUCUAAUGAAGUGAAAUGGCACAUUCUUUCCAUCUAUAAACAUACAGAAAAGUCGUGGGAAUGGAUUCAUUGAUGACAUCUUGAAUCAAAUUUUUGUUGAUCAUUCACAGAAGAAUACUCAGGAAAGACCAAUCUAGACCCAGCAUGAAUGCUUCUCUGAUCACUUGAGAAUCAUCGGCAUCCAGUGAAUACCAUGAUAAUGGAUCUGAUCCUUAGAUUUAAUAAGAAAUUUUGAAGUCGGCCAUGCUUCUACUAGAGUAGACCUGGCUUUGGUUUUUAUCAUUCAUUUGGCAUUUAUCCAUCACCAAAGCCUAUGUUGUACCAUGAAAAAACCUUGUACAAAGUUUGAACCCUCAUCUCUGGGAAUUCUUCUCAUGUAAAAUAGAAAGUAGCUUCCCUUCUUCUUUUCAAUAGAGAUUUUAGUAGACACCCCAAGAGCAUGUUGUAAGCUGUCAGGUUAAGAAAAGAAAAGAAUUAGAAAUAAGGUCUCUGUAUUGUAAUUGUAUGACAAACCUGAGAUAGGAAUCCUAGUUUCAGUUAUCUUUUGUAAUGCAAUACAUUAGUGAAAAAGCUUCUUGUUGCAUUCA